GCCCCGAAGAGUUGCCCGGUGGCCGCGGCAGACGGAAGCCGAGGGAGAGUCUCGGCGGCAGCAGGAUGGGGGACUCCAAAGUGAAAGUGGCCGUGCGGAUCCGGCCUAUGAACCGGAGAGAAAUUGACUUGCAUACCAAAUGUGUGGUGGAUGUAGAUGCAAACAAGGUUAUACUUAGUCCUGUAAAUACUAAUCUUUCCAAAGGAGAUGCCCGAAGCCAGCCAAAGGUGUUUGCAUAUGAUCACUGUUUCUGGUCUAUGGAUGAAUCAGUCAGAGAAAAGUAUGCAGGUCAAGAUGAUGUUUUCAAGUGCCUUGGGGAGAAUAUCCUUCAGAAUGCUUUUGAUGGUUACAAUGCAUGUAUCUUUGCCUAUGGACAGACUGGAUCUGGAAAAUCUUAUACCAUGAUGGGCACAGCUGACCAACCUGGAUUAAUUCCAAGACUUUGUAGUGGACUCUUUGAACGAACUCAGAAAGAGGAAAAUGAAGAGCAGAGUUUUAAAGUAGAAGUGUCCUAUAUGGAAAUUUAUAAUGAAAAAGUUAGAGACCUUCUUGAUCCCAAAGGAAGUCGUCAAACGUUAAAAGUCAGAGAGCACAAUGUUUUGGGACCUUAUGUCGAUGGACUUUCCAAACUGGCUGUCACAAGCUACAAGGAUAUUGAGUCUUUGAUGUCUGAAGGUAACAAGUCUCGCACAGUUGCUGCCACCAACAUGAAUGAGGAGAGUAGUCGAUCUCAUGCAGUCUUCAAAAUCACCCUUACACAUACUUUAUAUGAUGUGAAGUCUGGGACAUCUGGAGAGAAAGUGGGCAAACUGAGCUUGGUUGAUUUAGCUGGCAGUGAGCGAGCAACGAAAACUGGAGCUGCGGGGGACAGGUUGAAGGAGGGGAGCAACAUCAACAAGUCCCUCACAACCCUCGGUCUGGUUAUCUCAGCCCUAGCAGAUCAGAGUGCUGGCAAAAACAAGAAUAAAUUUGUUCCAUAUCGUGACUCAGUUCUCACUUGGCUGCUCAAAGACAGUCUUGGGGGUAACAGCAAGACAGCCAUGGUGGCCACCGUCAGUCCAGCAGCCGAUAACUAUGAUGAAACCCUUUCAACUCUGCGGUAUGCAGAUCGCGCCAAGAACAUCGUGAACCAUGCUGUGGUGAAUGAGGAUCCUAAUGCACGAAUUAUCCGGGAUCUCCGGGAGGAAGUAGAAAAGCUCCGAGAGCAGCUAACCAAAGCGGAGGCAAUGAAAUCUCCAGAACUGAAAGAUCGGCUAGAAGAAUCAGAGAAGCUAAUCCAGGAAAUGACUGUGACCUGGGAGGAGAAACUAAGGAAAACCGAGGAGAUUGCACAGGAGCGGCAGAAACAGCUUGAGAGUCUUGGAAUAUCUCUUCAGUCUUCUGGGAUUAAAGUUGGGGAUGAUAAAUGCUUCCUUGUUAAUCUGAAUGCUGAUCCUGCUCUGAAUGAACUUCUGGUUUACUAUUUAAAGGAACAUACAUUGAUAGGUUCAGCAAAUUCCCAAGAUAUCCAGCUCUGUGGAAUGGGAAUUCUUCCUGAACAUUGUAUUAUAGACAUCACAGCAGAAGGCCAGGUCAUGCUGACUCCUCAGAAGAAUACCAGAACAUUUGUAAAUGGCUCUUCCGUAUCUAGUCCUAUACAACUCCACCACGGGGACAGGAUAUUAUGGGGAAACAACCACUUCUUCAGACUGAAUUUGCCUAAAAAGAAAAAGAAAGCAGAUCGAGAGGAUGAGGAACAUGACACCUCCAUGAAGAAUGAUACCAGUUCUGAGCAGCUCGACAUAGACGGAGACUCCUCCAGUGAGGUUUCCAGUGAAAUCAACUUCAAUUAUGAAUAUGCGCAAAUGGAGGUUACCAUGAAGGCUCUGGGUGGUAAUGAUCCAAUGCAGUCCAUAUUGAACAGCCUAGAACAACAGCAUGAAGAAGAAAAACGAUCUGCAUUGGAGCGCCAGAGGCUUAUGUAUGAACAUGAAUUGGAGCAGCUACGAAGAAGGCUGUCUCCUGAGAAACAAAACUGUCGUAGUGGGGACAGGUUUUCUUUCCAUUCACCCAGUGCUCAACAGCGACUGAGACAGUGGGCCGAAGAGAGAGAAGCAACGCUGAAUAAUAGCCUGAUGAGGCUGAGGGAACAAAUUGUGAAAGCCAAUCUGUUGGUGCGAGAAGCUAGUUACAUUGCAGAGGAACUGGAUAAAAGAACAGAGUAUAAAGUAACCCUGCAGAUUCCAGCCUCCAGCCUCGAUGCCAACAGGAAGCGAGGCUCUCUUCUUAGUGAACCUGCAAUCCAGGUGAGAAGAAAAGGAAAAGGAAAACAGAUUUGGUCUCUAGAAAAACUGGACAACAGGUUGCUGGAUAUGAGAGACCUUUAUCAGGAGUGGAAAGAGUGUGAAGAAGAUACCCCACUCAUACGGUCUUACUUCAAGCGUGCUGAUCCAUUCUAUGAUGAGCAGGAAAAUCAUAGUCUCAUUGGGGUGGCGAAUGUUUUCCUCGAGUCCCUCUUCUACGAUGUGAAGUUACAGUAUGCUGUUCCAAUUGUCAACCAGAAAGGAGAGGUGGCAGGUCGGCUGCAUGUCGAGGUGAUGCGAAUAAGUGGUGACAUUGGGGAAAGAAUUGCUGGAGGUGAUGACACCACAGAUCUCUCCUGUGAUAAGGAAACCCAGGAAAACAGACUCGUGUGCAUGGUUAAAAUACUCCAGGCCACUGGGUUGCCACAGCAUCUGUCCCACUUUGUGUUCUGCAAAUACAACUUCUGGGAUCAGCAGGAGCCAGUAAUUGUUGCACCCGAAGUUGAUACCUCCUCCUCCUCUCCAGUCAGCAAGGAACCUCAGUGCAUGGUUGUCUUCGAUCAUUGCAGUGAGUUUUCUGUUAAUAUUACUGAAGACUUCAUUGAGCAUCUUUCAGAAGGGGCUUUGGCAAUUGAAGUAUAUGGCCAUAAGAUGAACGAUCCUCGGAAAAACCCAGCCCUGUGGGAUUUGGGGAUAAUCCAAGCAAAAACACGUAGUCUUCGGGACAGAUGGAGUGAAGUUACCAGAAAAGUAGAAUUCUGGGUCCAAAUCUUGGAACAGAAUGAGAAUGGUGAAUACUGCCCUGUAGAAGUAAUUUCUGCAAAGGAUGUGCCAGCAGGAGGAAUCUUUCAACUCCGGCAGGGACAGUCCCGGCGAGUCCAAGUGGAAGUGAAGUCUGUGCAGGAAUCUGGGACUUUACCACUGAUGGAAGAAUGUAUAUUGUCUGUUGGCAUUGGAUGUGUAAAAGUUAAAACGCUCAGAUCCCCCAAGACUCAUGAGACCUUUCAUGAGGAAGAGGAGGACAUGGACAGCUACCAGGAUCGGGAUUUAGAGAGACUACGUAGAAAAUGGCUAAAUGCAUUAACAAAACGUCAGGAGUACUUAGAUCAACAACUGCAGAAGCUUGUCAGUAAACAUGAUAAAACAGAGGAUGAUGCCGACCGUGAAGCUCAACUUCUAGAGAUGAGGCUGACUCUGACUGAGGAGCGGAAUGCAGUAAUGGUCCCCUCCGCUGGCAGUGGUAUUCCAGGGGCCCCAGCUGAAUGGACCCCAGUUCCUGGGAUGGAAACACACAUUCCUGUUAUAUUCCUUGACUUAAAUGCUGAUGAUUUCAGCUCCCAAGAUAAUCUUGAUGACCCAGAAGCUGGUGGAUGGGAUGCUACUCUCACCGGGGAAGAAGAAGAUGAGUUCUUUGAACUGCAGAUUGUAAAACAGCACGAUGGAGAGGUGAGAGCAGAAGCCUCUUGGGACUCUGCCGUGCACAGCUGUCCUCAGCUCAGUAAAGGCACCCCAGCGGAUGCGCGCGUGUAUCUGAUCGUGCGGGUGACAGUGCAGCUCAGCCAUCCGGCUGACAUGCAGCUGGUAUUACGGAAACGAAUUUGUGUCCAUGUUCAUGGCCGGCAGGGUUUUGCUCAGAGUCUCCUAAAAAAGAUGUCACAUCGAAGUUCUAUUCCUGGCUGUGGAGUGACUUUUGAAAUUGUCUCCAAUAUUCCAGAGGAUGCCCAGGGAGUAGAGGAACGAGAAACAUUAGCAAGAAUGGCAGCUAAUGUUGAAAACACGGCUUCUGCUGACUCAGAGGCUUAUAUUGAAAAAUACCUCAGAAGUGUGCUGGCUGUGGAGAACCUUCUUACUUUAGAUCGUCUCCGCCAGGAAGUUACUGUGAAGGAACAGUUGACAGGAAAGGGGAAGCUAAGUAGGAGGAGCGUUAGCUCUCCCAACGUGAACAGAUUGUCUGGCAGCCGACAAGAUCUUAUUCCAACCUACAGUCUAGGCAGCAAUAAGGGCCGGUGGGAGAGUCAACAGGAUGUAUCGCAAACUGCAGUUUCCAGAGGAAUAGCUCCAGUCGCCCCAUCCCUCCCUGACUGUCCCCCAAAUAACCAUUCUCCUGACCCAGGACUUAGUAGCCUUGCGGCCUCAUACUUGAAUCCAGUAAAAUCCUUUGUGCCACAGAUGCCAAAGCUCUUGAAGUCUCUUUUCCCUGUCCGCGAUGAGAAAAGAGGCAAACAGCCUUCUCCCCUCGCACAUCAGCCCGUGCCCCGAAUCAUGGUGCAGGCUGCCCUUGCGGACGCCGGGAUGACCAGAGUGGGGGAGGCUCACCGAGAGAGCGUGGGGAUCAGUGCGGCCCCCGAUGUGACUGCGCACCCGGCCCCCGUGAAGCUCUACGACAGACCGACCAAGGCGCCUGCCCCGCAGGCGGCCGCUGCCGGCGCCCAGGCCCCCGAGGUGCAGGAGGGGCCGCCCAGCCCCCUGAGCGAGGCCUCCAGCGGCUACUUUUCCCAUAGCGUCUCCUCCGCCACGCUGUCCGAUGCGUUCGUCCCUGGCCUGGACAGCGCGGCGACAGCGGGCGGGCAGACCCCCGGCUCGCCCCCGCCGGCCCUCUGCCAGGCCACCCCGGAGACGGAGCUCCCGCUUCCCCCGACCGCUCCCGCAGCGGACGGUGAGCUUCCCGCCCCCCGGCACGGCCAGGGCAGCCUUCUGUCGCUGCCGGUUCCUCCUGACCUCCUGUCUCUGUCCCCUGCUCCCACGUCUCCGUUCAGAAUCCAGAAGGUGCGGACCUCCGAGCUGAAGUCGUUCACGCGCAUGCUGGGCGGAGACCCCAGCUGCCCGUCGGCGGCCGAGGAGGACCUGCUGGCCUCGGGGGCGCUGGGCGUCGGCGGGGCCGGGGCACUGGCCCUGGGAAAGCUGGAAGUGUCCUCCGAUUCUGAAGAAGCCAGCGAAGUCCCAGAGUGGCUCAGAGAGGGAGAAUAUGUCACCGUGGGCACCAACAAAAUGGGCAUCGUGAGAUACAUCGGGCCCACCGACUUUCAGGAGGGGACGUGGAUCGGAGUGGAGCUGGACUUACCUUCAGGUAAGAAUGACGGCUCCAUCGGAGGAAAGCAGUACUUCAAGUGCAACCCCGGCUAUGGGCUGCUGGUGAGGCCAGGCCGGGUGCACAGAGCAGUGGGCGCGGGCCGGCGGCGUGGCGCAGGGCUCCGGCCGCAGGGCGCCCCCGAGCCCCGCAGGAGCAGCACCCUCUCCGGCUCUGCCACCAACCUGGCCUCCCUGACAGCGGCUCUGGCCAAGGCGGAGGGUGCCCCGGCACUGAGGGCCGACAGGAGCCAUAAGAACCCUGAGAACCGAAAAUCCUGGGCCAGCUAAACCAGUGCUGGAUGCCGUGCCGCGCCCCCCCCCCCCCCCGGGUUGCAUCCUCCCGGGCUGCUGGCCUGCUUCCCUCUGCUUCCCAGGCAGAGGCUGACAGAGAGGCGGUGGCCAGUGCCCCCUUCCGAGCCUUGCCAGUGACAGCCCCCGGGGUGGGGAUGGGAACUGAGUGGGCAGGGACACCUUAAACCCCCUUCCGUGGGGAUCACGGCGAGGCAUCCUUUCUGCACAACACAGGGCUGCUGACCUCUCCCUGCUCCUCCCGGGACUCUGGAAGCUUCAUUUCUUCCUCUGCUCAGAGAAUGGGGAGGCAUCUCAGCAAGGUAGAGGGUGGAAGGUUCUAGGAGCCCAGAGCCGUCCUGGAUUGUGGGAGCGAGGCUCCUGCCCAUCCCCAUGCCUGGGGUUCCUCCCCGCCCCCCAGGGGCUGCUGUUGUUCCUUUUUUUGGUUCUGAUGACCCCAUUAACCUCCUAACCUUCCCAGUGCCUUUCUUUCCUGCAAAGGUGGGGCAUCCUCCCUAUGCCUCUAGAGCCAGCACCCCGGCUGACCUACGCUGGACCUGGCUUGCUCCCUAGGCUCACUGUAUCCCUCUGGCCCCCGGAGUCCCUACACCAAGUAACAAGCUCCCGUAAGUGCCUCUGGCUAGCCUCCUGGGGUUCCUGACACUGGGUCCAGGGCGCCCCAGCAAGGGGCACUGGGCCUGGCCCCUCCCGCCUUUCCCUCUUCCUUUCCACAGGGUUCCUUAGGGCUUUCUUUGUGGGUGUCUUAGUGUCUUUAAUACCUGCAAAGUGUUUUCUCUUUGCCAUUUAUUCCCUUAACAGAGUGCUUAGAAUAUAUUUAUUUAUAUUUAUUUUUUCAAAAUCCGAAGUCAUUCGCGAGCCACAAUCAUCUGCCCAGGCAUGAGUGCCCGGGGCUUGCCUCGCACAUCACCAGCCUCUGAGGUCACUCAGGGCUGCCAGCCUCCGGCCUCAGGUGGAGGUUCCCAGAGGGGCCAGAGGAUGAUGCCCCUCCUUAUGUCGUUAUUGACACAGAUACACAAGUGGCCUUACUCUAAGGUGACAGUGACAACUUGGAGAAUUAUGUUGUGCUUCUGCAGUGACAAAGUCAGAGGCAUCACAACCUUAUCUGGUGCAAUUUUAGUUUCUUGGAAGGACCUUAGACUAGUUUAACUUCUUGGCAAUUCCCUACCCUGACUCCCUCACCGAGCCUGGGGGACUGUGGCCUAGCAGAGCUCCCCACUGUCCCUGUGUCUGGCCCUUUGCCGAGCCACAGACGCGUCCCAGACAGCAUGAGACCUCCAAGAGCAUUGCCCACCUCCUGCCGGGAUACCUCCGGGCCUGGAGCCCUUCCCUGCUGGGCUCACUGGGAGGGGGUCUGUGGAAGCGGGCAGAGGGCUGGUGCCUUGCAGGCCGCAGUGGCCCAGGGCCCAUGGGGCCCCUCCAUGGCAGCAGUAGACCAGUGACCACCUGCCGUGUGCAUCCUCACGAGCUGACUGCAGGAGCCUAGGGGACACCGUGGCCCCCUCCGGGACAGAACCCUGGGUCAGGAUUUGUGCGCAGCCGUCUUAGAGGCCCUAGCUCUCACGUUUAGACCCUAAAAAACAAUGCCCAGAAAGCCCUUUUUUGCAAAAUCUUGUUCUCUAGGGAUUUGAAGCCCCUCCCGAGAAGGAACGCCAGGUUCCGUGCCCCUGGGUGGGGCUGGGUGGGGCCUGCGGGCAGCUGGGGAAGCAGAGCCCCGUGGGUACCCCCAGGUGUGCGGCUGCUGCACGCCGCGUCCCCCCCCCCCCCGGGGAGGAGCCUGAUUAAUUAGCUUCCAUUAAUUACACGUGGCGGUGCCCGCCCGCCUCUCGGGCCCAGCUCCCUAACAGCCCGUUGUGCGCCAGCGCGGUUUAACCUCCGCCUGGGAGGGGGUGGGCCACACUCGGCGGACAACGCGCCCCCCCCCCCCCAAGGACAGAGGACAGGGCCCGGAGCGGACGAGCACACCCCUGGCGUAGCUUUAGCCCCGCAGAUGUUCAUAGUUUCAGAGCUGGACGGGAUCUUCUCACUGGGAACAGGCUGAAGCCGAGGAGAGGUCGGUGCUUCUUUCCCGCUUGUAGAAGCUUGGGCGCCCGACUGCCCGCCAGGCGCUCUCUGCUGUUCCCCGGAAGCACUAGGCACAGCGCCGUGGCUGCUCUCCCACCCCCGGGGGCCCCUGCAUCCCGUCCUCGGGCGCACAGUUCCCUUGGCCCGGGAGGGCGGUGUCUCUGUUCCUCCGGCCGCGGCGGCCACGAGCGCACCGCGGGGACUCCUGCCGGGCGCCCCACGUGUGAGGGGACCCGGGGCGGGGAGCAGCCGCGCCUGCGUGCCGCCCGUCUUCGUGCUGCGCGUUCUGUGCCCCGCUCUUCGGCGGAAGGUCCUUCCCGGCACAGAAGCCCUCUAACAACCCGCGCCCGGUUUAGGGCUCGUCUCUGGGGACGCCGGCGUCCGUGGGCCCGUGCACGCAGGUCCGGCGCCACCCCUUUCUCUGGGGGCGAGCAGCUCCUGCCCCCACAGCCUCCGGUGACCAGCCUGCGGGCCCACGUCGGGCACCGCGCUCACUGGGGAGAACCAAGGGAAGGUGGAAGGCCGGUGGGCUCUGUCGCUCGGGCUGGGUAAGAUGGCGUCGACCGCAGUGGGAUUGAGGGCCCGAGCAGGGCGGCCGGGGAAGAGCCCUGACCGAGUUCAGACCGGCCGGGCGUGGGAAGAGGUUUCGGGACCACCUUUCCUUCCUCCCAGGCUCGCCGCCCCCCCCCCCCGCCUGCUUUUUAAACACGGCCACGUCCCCCGCCCGAGAUUCCCCACCACCGUCCCAGGUCCCCGCAUCUCUGCCCCCGGGCGCAGCAGCCUGUGCUUGGAGCCCGGCCUUCGCUGGGCCUGGAGCACCCGAGGGAGCGCCGGGCGGGACAGCUCUGUUGCCCCCCCAGGUGGGCAGGUCAUCGUUCUUCGUGGGAGGAAGGUGCUGCGGGGGCUGCUUGCCGGGGUUUCCUGCCAGUGGAGGGCGCUUUGGGCCCCGUCCUGUAGAGUGUGAGAGAGGACAGGGCCGCCCCGUCGGAGUUCUCGGGAGGGGGGAGCUGUCGCUGCAGCUGGCCGGUCACCAGUGCCCGGAGAGGCGGGUGUGGCUCUCCUGCCCCAGCUGCGGCCCCGCGGGCACCCUGGCAGCCACGAGGGCUGUGCCGGGUCCUCGCAGGGACAGGGUUUGCCGUCCUGAGCCUCCCGUCUUCGUGCUCCGCCACCUGCACGUCCCUUCCAGGCCCGUGUGUCGCCAGAUGACUCGGGGUGCAGGCGUCACUCCACUGCAGUCCGCUGUCUUCCCGGGCAGUCCCCCCUCCUUGGUGGGGGAGGGGGUGAGCAGUGCCAGUCGGAAGGAGGCCCGCCCUGCUCUGGUCUCUGGCCUUCACUCUGGCUUCUUCGGUGCAGACUCCUGGUAACUCGUUGCUGGGAAAGCAGUGACACGAAGUAGAUGUCACUAAAGCUGUAGCCCAGGAAGUCCCCACAACCCAGCAUUUAUUGGACCAGAGGUGGCGUCUUGCGGGUCGCGUGACCGUGGGAGACGGAGGGAAGCCCCCCAUCUCCCCCUGUCUUCUGUUCUCACCGAUAGGCCUGAUGGUAACCGGUGUGUCAGCGCUAGGGUGCGGGAUGUGGUUCUGGCAGCUCCCAGGCUCUGGGAUCCGGGGUGACAGCAAGAGGGGAUGGGCUGCCUGCACGCAGGUGCCGCACGAGGACGUGUCAGGGGCCAGACGGGGGCCGCAGGGGGGCAGCUGUCCGGAAUCCCAGCCUGGCCAGAGGGCACGGGAGCAGGAGAAAGCACAGCCCGCGCGUGGGGCCGGGCUCAGCCCUGAAGGGCCUCGUGUGUUUGCGGAGAUUGGCGCUUCCGUUGAGCUGUGAAUGGGGCCCUUGAAGAGUUUGAACGGCUUUAAGCGUUUCCAUCCCCCAUUACUUCCCUUUUCUCCCCUUGGCUUACUGUUCCCUGUAUGGGAGACCCACAAGAAGUUCCAGGGUAUUUUCCUGGCGAAGACCAGCCCCACUUGCCUGAGGUCUGCCCGGAGGCCUGCACCUUGGACGGGGAGUGCCGGAGGAGGAGGCCACCUGUCUGUCGUGCCUUAUCCUGGGGACGGCCAGUGCAGCCUGUCUUUUAUGCCCAAGACACUGGCUCGAUGAUCUCCACACGCCUCUCUCUCUCUGAGAAGUCCGACGUGCCUUCAGCCGGGCCACUGACACUAAUUUUGUGGGGGGUCUUGGAACAUCUCCAUGUGCGGAGUUUUGUGAAUACAAUGGGUUUGCAUAUAAAGAAGUGAUUUUGAUUGGGGGACUGUAUUGAUUUGCUGCACAUGAAAUGGGAGUUUAAAAAAAUCCAAAGACUCUGUAAUGAAUUGUAAAGACUGAAUGAUUUGUAUUAUAUAAUGAACUAAACCUCUGUAAUUUUGUACCAUAUAUGCCUUUCCCUCGUAUGACCAGCAGCCUCUAAAUAAAACCAGAUGAUUUCUUGCCUA